AUGGAUACAAAGGCUGACGAACUGAAAACUAAAAUCGCUAAUUGCAAACGAAAAAUAACAAAUUUCGCGAAAUUUAUCGAAGGAUAUUCCGCUGAUCGCGAUUUCCCUACUCUCGAAAAAAGAACAAAUGACCUCGAUAGGGAAUUUGAAGAAUUUAAUAUUCUAUACACUGAAUUAGAAGUGCUUGUUAAUGAUCCCACCCAUGAGGAAUCCCAUACUGAUUACGAGGAAAAAUUCUAUAUAGCGUUCGGGAAAGCAAAAGCGUAUAUAAAUGAAUAUAAUGCAAAUCAACACCACCCGUCGUCUUCGCGAAAUACCGGACGCAAGAUUCUUACUGAUUCCGUCCGAAAUACAAAAAAAAACUUGCCGCGUGUAAAUUUACCGACUUUCAGUGGAUCCUAUGAGGCUUGGUUGGGAUUUCAUGAUUUAUUUAAAUCGCUUGUUGACAACAAUGAUGACUUGCCCAACAUCGAAACCUUAUAUCACCUCAAAGGCUCUCUGAAAGACGAAACCGGGGAAAUUAUCGCGUCUCUAGAACUUUCAUCGGAAAACUACAUAGUCGCCUGGGAAUUACUCAAAGAGCGCUAUGACAAUAGAACAAUAAUUCGCCAAACUCACGUAAAAGCUUUAUUGAAUUUACCAUACUUGUCUAAAGAUUUUCCAGUGCGUUUCCUUGUAGAUCAAAUUCAAAAACACGUUAGAGCUCUUGAGGCGUUGAAAGAACCUAUCGACAAAUGGGAUACCCUCUUAGUCGAAAUUAUUAAACAAAAACUUAGUUCGUUUAUUCGCGAAAAAUGGGAAGAUUCCAGCUGUGAGUCAGAAAGCCCCACCUAUAAGGAAUUGAUAUACUUCCUUCAACGCCGCGCGCAAUUAGAAGACCCAAAGUCAGGUCAAAUUCAGGGCAAACCCCUAAACGUUUCGGAUAAAAAAUUGUCUCGGUCGCAAUUUAGCCACCACUCCCAGCAAGCAUUCGUAGCUUCAACUGCAAUUCCCCCUUGUCCACAUUGUCAGGGUGAACAUCCAAUCUACGUUUGCGUUCUAAUCAUCGUGUUACUGACUGCAAGGGCAGUUCUUGUCGUAAUUGUGGCAAAAUGCAUCACACACUGUUACAUUUCGAGAAACGAUCGUUUAGUGAGCGUGUCGAAACUGCAUCUGUCGAUCAGAAUCCAUCGCUCGUUAAUCUGCAUGCUCAUAUUUCGUCCGAGGGCUUGCUAG